CCGCGGAGUUUUGCUGCGCGCCACUGCUUCCAAGACAACUUUUGAUUUGACCCAGAUCCCGCUGUGGCGUGGAGCUGGAGCGAACCUUCGGAGAUGACGGGUCUCACGCGCGUCUGUCGGAUUUGGUUCGGGAUUGCGUGUGCAUCAGGUCUGGUAGCUGGCUUCUCCAUGACGCCACCCGUCCUGGACCGCUCUGAUGAUGUAGUGAUCUCAGUCGAGGACAAUCUCACCCUCACCUGCAGGGGGCAACGAACUCUGACCUGGACGUGGCCUGACCAGACUCUAGCAGGGCAGGAGCCAGUCGACCGCCUGCUUGGGCCGCCGGUGUCUGCAGCGCGACGCAGCGCUCUGGUCAGUGAAUGUCCCGGGCAGCGUGGCAAACCCUACUGCAAGAGGCUGCUCCUCACCGCGGCGCUGGCCAGAGACACCGGACACUAUCGCUGCUUUUACACCGACGUGAAGGAGCGGAUCGAGGGCACAACGGCCGUCAGCGUGUAUGUCUUCGUCAAGGACCCGGAGCAGCCGUUCCUCAGGAGACACGGUGACAACCUGGGGACCAUCCUAGUCAAACACAACUCCCCUUACAUCAUAGUGCCGUGCCUGGUGACAGUGCCGGACCUCAACGUCACUCUGCACGCGCAUCCGCCUCCUCUGGAGGGCAGCAGCCUGAAGUGGGACAACAAGCAGGGCUGGUUGAUUCCCAGACACGUCAUUGACAGCAUGUCUAUGCUUUUUGGAUUCACCUGCGCGGCCACUCUGGGAGGGAAAGAGUUUCAGUCGCCACACUACCUGAUUCAUACGACAGGAAGUAAGGUUUACAGUGUCAAGCUGUAUCCUGAGGAGCCCACGGAGCGGCUUGUCGGGGAGACCCUCACCCUCAAUUGCACAGCACUGGUGGAGUUUGACGCAAGCGUGGACAUCAAGUGGUCGUAUCCUGGUGGACUGAGGAAUUCUUCGGUGGACAUCAAGCCCUUCCGGGAGCCUCAGUCUCACGCCACAGAGGCGGUUAGCGUGCUCACCAUCCACAGCGCUACGCUGGCUGACUCUGGAAUUUACAGCUGCAAUGUCACCAAUCACGCAAGUCCAGACAGUACGCAAGUCCAGAACACUCAGAUCCUCGUCCAUGAGAAACCAUUCAUAAUACUGGACUACAGAAAUGGACCUGUCAUGGAGGUCACUGCAGGUCAGAAGUCCAUCAAAUUACACGUGAAUGUGUCUGCCUACCCCACUCCGGACACACAGUGGUUCAGAGAUGGAAAACCAAUAAAUGAGAGGCCCGAGUUCAAGACCAAGAGGAUGCGGAUGCACCUCAACCACGCCCUGGAGAUCAGAGAUGUUUGCCGGGAGGAUGCUGGCGUCUACACGGUGGCCCUGAGGAACCGGGCUGCGGGGCUGGAGAGGAAGCUCAACAUCACGCUGGUGGUUAAUGUCCCGCCCCACAUUCAUGAGAAGGAACUGGCCACGUCCUCCCGUCUGUUCCCCAGUGGCAGCAGCCAGACGCUGACCUGCACCGCCUACGGUCUCCCGGCCCCGAGCCUGAGCUGGCAGUGGAGAGCCUGGGGUCCCUGCCUCAGCAGCAGCAGCAGCAGCAGACAGGUCCGGCGAGACAAGAAGAGCCAGAGUGACAGGAGCACAGACUGUCAGGACUGGCAGGACCUUAGUCUGGACAACUCCGGGAACGAGAUCGAGGCCGUCGACACUUCCGCGAUAGAUGGACGACAAAAGAUGGCAAGCAGACUUCACAUACGCAACGCCAGCGUCUCCGUGGUCUAUAGGUGCUCUGCUGACAACAAAGUGGGCAAGGACGAGCAUGUGAUCUACUUCUACGUCAGCGCGGUGCCCGAGGGCUUCAGCGUGGCGGUUCAUCCUUCUGAAAAUCCCCUGGAGCAGGAGCGAGUCUCCCUCAGCUGCUCCGCUGACAACUACACCUACGCGCAGCUGCAGUGGUACCAUCUGCAGGACCGGGUGAGCAAGCCCCAGGAGCUGGACUGCAGGAGUGUGGCGCUGCACGCCGACGCGCUGCGGGGCCAGACAUCCUUCCAACCGGCUUCCAACAGCUGGGUCCUGGACCUCACCCUGGCUGCCGUGAAGCUACAGGAUGAGGGUCGAUAUGUGUGCGUGGCUCACAGCAGAUGGAGCGGCGAGAUGGAGUGUUUGUCCAGCUACCUAUCGGUCCAAGCCCUGGAGCCGCCGCGGUACAAGCUCCGUCUCACCAACCAGACCGUGAACGUGACUGGAUCUCUGCGGAUGGAGUGUGACGUGGAAGGCCGCCCCUCGCCCUGGCUCUCCUGGUUCAAAGACGACCAGCCGCUGCACCAAAUGUCAGGAAUCCUCCUGCAGGACUCCAACCGCAGCCUGAGUAUCCAGCGCGUGAGGGAAGAGGAUGCCGGCGUUUACACAUGCACCGCCUGCAACCGCCGAGGCUGCGUCCACUCGUCUGCGGCAGUCCAGGUCAUCGGCUCAACAGAAAAGGCCAGUGUGGAGAUUGUGAUUCUCAUCGGGACAGGAGUGAUCGCUGUGUUCUUCUGGGCCCUGCUCAUCCUCAUAUUCUGCAAUGUGAAACGGAUUAACCCCGCAGACAUCAAAGCCGGCUAUCUGUCCAUCAUCAUGGACCCCGGAGAGGUUCCACUGGACGAGCAGAGCGAAUAUCUGCCCUACGACUCCACACAGUGGGAAAUCUCCCGGGACCGACUGCGGCUGGGGAAGGUGCUGGGCCACGGUGCCUUUGGCAAAGUCAUCGAGGCGUCGAUGUGUGGGGGCAGCAAGAGCACCAACCUGCCCCACACCGUGGCUGUCAAAAUGCUGAAGGAGGGAGCGACCGCCAGUGAACACAAAGCCUUGAUGUCGGAGUUAAAGAUUCUCAUCCACAUUGGGAACCAUCUCAAUGUGGUGAACCUGCUGGGAGCCUGCACCAAAGCCAACGGGCCGCUGAUGGUUGUGGUGGAAUAUUGCAAGUACGGGAACCUGUCCAACUUCCUCCGCGCCAAGAGAGAGUUCUUCCUUCCGUACAGGGAUCGUUCCCCCAAAACUCAGAGCCAGGUGAGACGGAUGAUCAAGGCGGGACAGAUGGGUGACAGACCUCAGACUCCACCGUCCAACGGUCCCCUUCAGACUCCCGCCAUGGAAAACUUGGAGGAUUUGUGGAAAACCCCGUUGACAAUCGAGGAUCUGAUUUGCUACAGCUUCCAGGUGGCUCGAGGGAUGGAGUUCCUGGCCUCCAGAAAGUGUAUCCACCGAGACCUGGCAGCACGGAACAUUCUCCUGUCAGAAAGCAACAUUGUGAAGAUCUGUGACUUCGGCUUGGCCAGAGACGUUUACAAAGAUCCGGACUACGUCAGGAAAGGCCAUGUCUGCCUCCCGCUGAAGUGGAUGGCUCCGGAGAGCAUCUUUGACAAGGUGUACACCAGCCAGAGCGAUGUCUGGUCCUUUGGAGUUCUUCUCUGGGAGAUAUUUUCACUCGGUGCCUCUCCAUAUCCGGGCGUCCAGAUCGAUGGAGACUUCUGUAAACGUUUGAAAGACGGAGUCCGGAUGCGCUCGCCGGAAACAGCCUCCCCGGAGAUAUACGGCAUCAUGCUGGGCUGUUGGCAGGGCGAGCCCCGAGAGAGGCCGGAUUUCCCGGGCCUAGUGCGGAUUCUGGGGGACCUGCUGCAGGACAACAGCCCUCCUGACGGGAAGGACUACAUCCCGCUGAACCACUCUCAGAGCUCAGAAGAUGAUGGCUUCUCCCAGGCUUCAUCCCGACCACCGUCUGAGGAAGAGCUGAGACUUCCCUGCAACAGUCUGCCAAACAGCAGGUACUACAACUGCAUGCCCUUCUCCGGCUCUGUGUUUGUGGGAUCCUCCAAAACAUGCCAACCCCGAGUGGAGACCUUUGAAGAGCUGCCACUGGAGACGCAGCCACAGGCGACACAAGACAACCAGACCGACAGCGGGAUGGUUCUGGCCUCGGACGAGUUGGAGAGAGUGGAGCACAAGCACAGACGCGGCGUCUACAAAAGCCGCAUGAGCAGCAGCAGCAGCACUGAGCCGCUCACAGCAGCCGACAGCUCACUGGGCUCCAACUUCUUCAGCCAGAUGAGCGGCCAGACCUUCUACAACAACGAGUACGGCCGCCUGUCCGAGGACGGCUUCUUCUCCGCUGCGGACUCCACCUUCUUGCCUUCCUCCGCUGUUUAACCGAAGAUGUAUCUCAAUUUUAAUCCUGAACUGUUGUGGAACUGACGUUUCUCCUACCAACCACGAGGGGGCAUCAUCGCGACGAAAACAGCGGCGCCCAUGUUUUUUUUUACCUUUUCAGAGUACUUUUUCUGCACGAACUAUGACUCAU